AUGGCUUCUGAGGACUCCACUUUCGACAUCAUCAUCACCGGCGCCGGUCUGAGUGGCAUCAACGCCGCCUACUUGCUACAGUCCGAGCUGCCCAACCACUCCUUCACCGUCCUUGAGUCUCGCGACCAUAUCGGCGGAACAUGGGCCUUCUGGAAAUAUCCCGGCGUCCGCUCCGACAGCGCCAUGGCCCUGUUCGGCUUCCCUUGGUAUCCGUGGACUGAGGGCACCAACAUGGCUGAUGCCCAUCUCAUCAAGAAGUACAUGGAGGAGGCCGCCGCGUCCCAGGGCAUCGACAAAAGGAUCCGGUUCAACCACCGUGUCACCGCAGAGAGCUGGAGCAGCGAGGAGCAGAGAUGGACGUUACACGUUGAUGUUACUUCCAGUGACGGCACCGUUCUUGAGAAGAAGAUAUUCAAGACGCCAUGGCUAGUUAACGCCACCGGGUACUACAGCUACGAGAAGCCCCGGCCCACUGUCAUUCCCGGCAUCGAAAGGUUCCAGGGUGAAGUGGUACAUCCACAGUUUUGGAGUGAUGAGGUGCAGUAUGAUAACAAGCGCAUCAUCAUCAUCGGCUCAGGUGCCACUGCCAUCACCCUACUUCCUGCCCUCGCCAAUAGUGCCAAGCACGUCACCAUGCUCCAGCGCAGUCCCUCAUAUGUCGUCAGCUUGCCAGCUAAAGACACUCUUUUGCAGUUCAUGGAAAGGUUCAUGCCAAUCCAAUGGGCAGGAAGGAUUAACUGGUGCAUCAGGAUGGUUGCGGAGACUUUGUUUGUCCAGCUGCUUCUGAACUUUCCCAACUGGGGAAGGAAGUAUGUCGUCGACGCGAUGCGCAGGCAGCUUCCCAAAGGCUUCGAUGUCGAUAAGCACUUCAACCCUCGGUACAAUCCCUUCGAGCAGCGCUUGUGCCUCUGCCCACGGGGAGACUUUUUCAAGGCUUUGCGUGGCCCUAACGCUUCGGUUGUUACCGACCAUAUCGAGACCGUCACCGAAAACGGCAUUUUGCUCAAGUCCGGGGAGACCCUCCAGGCCGACAUGAUCAUUACCGCCACUGGUCUUUACAUGGUUUUGCUUAACAAAAUCGACGUCUUUGUUGAUGGCGUCCGCAUCAAUGAUACCAUCGGCCAGCGAUACAUGUGGAACGGAGUCAUGCUCGAGGGUAUCCCCAAUACAGGUGUCAUCACCGGCUAUGUGGCAGCCACUUGGACUCCUGGUGCAUCCACAAGGACGAAGCAGUUCAUCAAGGUCAUUAAGCAUGCGGAAAAGACGGGAGCUACCGUUGCUGCCCCUUAUAUCGACAAGGCUGAGCGUGCACGGCUUCCCAAGGAACCCUGCAUUCCCAACAGCUCGACCUACAUCACCGAAGUCCGUGACCGACUUCCUCUGGUUGCCAAUGUGGGCCCGUGGAGGAACGGAAAGAACUGGAUAGAGGAUGCCAUUCGGUUGUGGUUCGGAUGGGUCACUACCGGAAUGCGGUUCACUAGGAACCGAGCCAAGAGCGACUAA